AUGGAUGCAUUUCGCACUAUGUUGGCAGAUUGUCACCUAUUGGAUAUGGGCUAUACUAGAAACUGGUUUUCUUGGGAAAGAGGGAAUUUUCUGGAAACGAAUAUUCAAGAAUGUUUGGAUAGGGGAGUGGCUAACGAGGAUUGGAUGUCUAUAUUUCCUGAAGCUAUAAUUCAACAUAUUCCGUAUUCUUUUUCGGAUCAUUGUCCACUGCUUAUCACUACGAAAAGAAAAGAUAAUGAACGGCCUGAAAGAAGUUUCAAGUUCGAAGCUUGGUGGGUGUUAGAGGAUUCGUUUGUUGAGGAGGUACGAUGUAUUUGGGAUAAUUCAUCAGGAGAUUUGUUGCAAAAGUUGGAAAGGGUAAGAAAAGGUUUGGAUAGAUGGGCUAGUCGAAUUCGGCGAAGUAGAAAAGUAAAAAAGGAGGUGUUAACUUCUAGAUUGAUAGAAUUGAUGGAAUCUGAAAGGGAUGAUAAAAAUUUGGCAGAACUCAGUGAUAUGAAAAUUCAACUUAAUUUUGAGAUUGGGAAAGAUGAACGAUAUUGGAAACAGAGGGCGCGAGUGAAUUGGUUACAAUUUGGGAAUAGAAAUACUGCUUUCUUCAUAAACAAGUGA